AUGUUACAUGGCCUGAAGUACCCAGUUCAGCGCAGGCGUGAGGAAGAAAUGGUGUCGUGGCCUGCGGUUUACCACGCAGUGAUCUGCACCCUGCGUGGCUCCGGCUCUGUGGGUUAUCCUGAGUAUGAAGCAGAAGAGUCUCAAUUUCCAGAUGUUCCUGAAUCAAAGCAUGGAUCUGUGUCUUUGGAAGCGGGAAUAUUGCAGCCAUUAUGUAUGGAACAAUUUUAUUCAGCCCCUGCAGCUGAUACUCUUGUCCAACAGUUGCUUCCCAUACCCGAGGCAGCCCCCUUUCCAGAACCACCUGAUCCAAAAACAUGUUCUCCUCGAGAAUACUUAGAGUAUUACAUAUUUCCAGUACUCUUACCCGGAAUGUCUGAACUUCUGCAUCAAGCAAAGAAGGAAAAGUGUUUUGAGAGACGAAGGACCAAAUUUAUUGCCUGUGAUUUCCUAACUGAGUGGUUAUACAACAAAAACCCAAAGAGGAAAGAUGAGUCAUUCACAGAAUUCUUUUCCAUUCCUUUUGUUAACGACUGGCUAAAGGACCAUCCUAGGCCACCAAUUCCUCUCUCUCUCCUUCUAUCAGAAGAAGAAGCAAGCAUACUAAUUCAGUCCUUCUGGAGAGGUUAUCGGGUCCGCUGUGAUAGUGAAAUACAAGAGCUACGUCAGUGGCAGAAGCAGUUGAGAGAGGACAAAAACAUUAUUAAAAGAGUGAAAGAAUUCUGGGCUAAGCAGGAAGCCAAAGGUAGUGAAUUAAAUGGUGUAUUUUAA